GACCCACCUCUCACUCCACCCCCCGCCUGAACUAUGCAAAGAGCGGGAUUGCUGCUGGGUAGCUGGACUCAAGCGUGGAAGUCGGUGAGGAUGGCCAGCUCCGGGGUGACUCGCCGGAACCCACUCUCGAAUAAAGUGGCCCUGGUCACUGCCUCCACCGACGGGAUUGGCUUCGCCAUCGCCCGACGUCUGGCUGAGGAUGGGGCCCAUGUAGUCGUUAGCAGCCGCAAACAGGAGAAUGUGGACCGGGCAGUGGCCACACUCCAAGGAGAGGGGCUAAGUGUGACUGGGAUCGUAUGCCAUGUGGGAAAGCCAGAGGAUCGAGAAAGGCUGGUAACAACGGCUGUGAAGCUUCAUCAAGGGAUUGAUAUCCUGGUCUCCAAUGCUGCUGUCAACCCUUUCUUUGGAAACAUACUGGACACCACAGAGGAGGUGUGGGACAAGGUUCUGAGCAUUAACGUGAAGGCUACAGCCAUGUUGAUAAAAGCAGUGGUGCCAGAGAUGGAAAAACGAGGAGGUGGCUCGGUGGUAAUUGUGAGUUCCAUAGGAGCCUUCACUCCAUUUCCUUCUCUAGGCCCUUACAACAUCAGUAAAUCAGCUCUGCUGGGUCUCACUAAGAACUUCGCCUCAGAGCUGGCCUCAAAGAACAUUAGAGUGAACUGCUUGGCACCGGGGCUCAUCAAGACUCGUUUCAGCAGUGUGUUAUGGAAGGAUGGAUCAAAAGAGGAUAUCAUAAAAGAACGCAUGCAGAUUAGAAGGCUAGGCAAACCAGAGGAUUGUGCCGGCAUAGUUUCUUUCUUGUGCUCUGAAGAUGCCAGUUACAUCAGUGGCGAGACAGUAGUGGUUGGGGGAGGAACCCCUUCUCGCCUCUGAGGACCGCCUCUGAUGACCUACAGAGAGGUUAACUCCAACUAGUGUGUGUGGGGAGGGUGCAGACCACCUUGCCUCUGCACCCUUGUGGCUGCCUAGUAUUUUGUUCACCCCACAAAAUCAGCUCUACCCAGUAAUAAAUUCCUGCUUUCUAUGUGGUCAAAGUGUGGUCAGAUGAGCAUCCCUGCUGUUGCUAUGGCCUUGUAAAAGGCUUGGGGAGGGGGGUGGAAAAGAACUUGCUGAAAAGACUGUGGCUACCUUGGUGAAGACCAAGUCCCCCUCUCCCUCCUCCUCCCCCCCCCCGGAGAAUCUGAGGGAGAUAGAAGGGACCUAGAGUGGAAGGAACAGAAAUGGAAAUUAACAAUUUACAAACAAGGUACAAAUAAAACGAAGAUGAUCUCGUUGCUCACUCUGAA